UGCGCGGGGGGCGGCCCGGUGCGGCCCCGGUGCGGCCGUAUGGGGCCAUCCGGGGCAGGCAGCAGUUAUUACUGGCCCUGCGGUGGGGGAUGAGCCGGGCCCGGGCUGCGGCGCCCCUGGUAGCGAGAACCGGGCGGUCCGAAGCCGCUUCAGGCAGCGCCCCGCUGGGCGGGGCACGGCGCCGCCCCGCCCUCCACGCAGCGUGACCUUCGCCGGCUGCCGUGGCCUGGGUGCUGGGACAUGGCGGCGGCGGCGGCGGCGCGCGGGGCUGUGGCGGGGAUCCUGCGGCGCUGGGCCCCGCGGGCUGCCCUCGUCCCCGGCGCGGGACGCGCUGUCUCCGGCCUCUCCGCCCGGUGCAUCAGCCAGGUGCGGGCACCGGCCCCGCUGUGGAAACCGUGGCUGCCCUGGGGGAACCUGCCCGGAGGAGGCGCCCCCUCGGUCCUCAGCAGCAUCACAUCUCUACUUCCAAGUAUACUUCAGCAGCCAGUGAGAACUCUCACUUACUACAGCUUGCGGAAUGGGAAGAGGAAAACUGUGAAAGCUGUCACCGACAGGUUUCUCCGGCUGCACAAUGGCCUUUGGGUUAGGAGAAAGGCUGGUUAUAAGAAGAAACUGUGGAAGAAGUCAACUGCCCAGAAGAAGCGUUUGAGAGAGCUAGUGCUGUGCACUAGAACGCAAUGUAAACUCCUUGAUAAAAUGACCACUUCUUUCUGGAAAAGAAGGAAUUGGUACGUUGACGAUCCCUACCAGAAGUAUCACGAUCGCACGAAUCUUCGUGUGUAGAAAUUCUGGUUUCAUUUUUGCAUCCCUCUAGGAAAGAGGGGGUGGUACAUGUGCUGUGGUCUUAAUUUGAGAAUGCAAACCUGUAAUGGCUGUUACUUUUCUAAAUAAACAUCUGGUCAAAAUUAUGGGCAUCAGUGGCCAAAAUAAAGGAAUAUUCAAGAUUU